GGUCGCGCAGCGUGGAGCCCCGGUCAGCAAACCGGAGAUGCUCCGGCGAGGGCAGAGUGUAGUAUAAAACGUUAAUGGAUGUCCGGGGCGCGUCGUUUCACCGGCUGCUGGCCAGAGGUACUAGGAGGCGCUGGCAGGAGCCCUGGCGAGGAUGCACCUUUCCCCUGCCCUGGAAAGGCCAUGGAGGGGUCGGCGGCCCGGGAGCUGCAGGGCGCGGAUGCGCUGCGCCGCUUCCAGGGGCUGCUGCUGGACCGCCGCGGCCGGCUGCACGGGCAGCUGCUGCGCCUGCGCGAGGUGGCCCGGCGCCUGGAGCGCCUCCGCCGGCGCUCCCUGGUGGCCAACGUGGCCGGCAGCUCGCUGAGCGCGGCGGGCGCUGUGGCCGCCAUCGUCGGACUCUCGCUCAGCCCGGUCACCCUGGGGGUCUCGCUGCUGGCGUCGGCCGUGGGGCUGGGGGUGGCCACCGCCGGAGGGGCCAUCACCAUCACGUCUGACCUCUCCUUGAUCUUCUGCAACUCCCGGGAGCUGCGACGGGUGCAGGAGAUCACGGCCACCUGCCAGGACCAGAUGCGCGAGAUCCUGAGCUGCCUCGACUUCUUCUGCCGCGGGCAGGGCCGCGGGGACCGCCAGCUGCUGCAGUGCGGGAGGAACGCCUCCAUCGCGCUGUACAACUCUGUCUACUUCAUCGUCUUCUUCGGUUCCCGUGGCUUCCUCAUCCCCAGGCGGGCUGAGGGGGCCACCAAAGUUAGCCAGGCCGUGCUGAAGGCCAAGAUUCAGAAACUGGCUGAGAGCCUGGAGUCCUGCACCGGGGCCCUGGACGAGCUCAGCGAGCAGCUGGAGUCCAGAGUCCAGCUCUGCACGAAGAGCAGCCGUGGCCACGACCUCAAGAUCUCAGCUGACUAGCCCGCGGGGCUGUUUUUCUGAGAACAUCUUUUCUCCCUAAAGACCGAGGCCAGAAACCAACCCCCCUGGGAUGCUCCAGAUUUGUAACUCCAUCACAAAAACACCAAGUUGGGUUAGGACCUGAACGCAAAGGACGGGAAAAACUGUUCUUGAAGUGGGGGGGGGGUGUUGGUGGGGGCAUGUCCUUCCACGUCCUUUCCCAUCACUGCAACAUCCUGCCUGGGGCUGAGCGCUGGGGACUUUUUACUUGCCUGAUCUUGGCGGAAUAUGUGACCUGAAAAAAAAAAUUGUUGUGGCGUCCCUGCCCCUGCCACCGCCCCAGUGGUCUGAGCCCAGGCUGGAGAGGGUACAGACAUGGCCACCCUCUGAAGUCAUCAAAAUGCCUUUGAGAGGAGACACUAGCUUUAAACCCUCUCUGCCAGAGUUUCUGAGUACAGAGAACUCCAGAGUCUAGAGCAAAUCAGACCCUCUCUGAACUGUGUAGGAGGGUUCAGGAUGCAGCAGGGGCACCCUCCCCGUAACACCUGUCCCCUCUCCUCUCAGGGUGCCCACUCACAGAUCCAGCCUGGGGAUGGAGUGGACCUUCCUGGAUGGCUUCGUAUUCCAGACCUCCAGGUACUCUGAGAGGGGAGAUGAACUAAACGGUCAUUUAAGUCCUGUCCCCUUGUGGGAAGAAACUGAGGCCAAGGAAGAGGAAGCAACUGCUUCAUUUACUGACAUCAUAGUGCAGAGAGGCAGCAAUGGCUUUUAAGUUAGUCCUGGGUUUAUUCUCCCUGAGACUUGGCUUCCUGAUCUGUAAGAUGGAUGCUAAAACCUCGCCCUGUUGGGAGUUAUUAAGUGAGAUAAAGUGCCAAGCACAAAGUCUGGAUCACCAAGUGUGGCCCCUGGGCUGGCAACAUUAACAUUACCUGGAAACUUGUUAGAAAGGCAGAUUCUUAGACUCAACUCUAGACUUGAGGAGUCAGAAACUCUGGAGGCGUGGACUGGUAACCUGUGUUUAAACAGCCUUCAGGGUGAUCUGAUGCCUGCUAAGGUUUGAAAACCACUGCAACAGGUGUUAGUUUCUGAGCCCCUAAUGAGCUUUCACGAAGUCUGUAGCCUCUUUAGGGGCUCCACGGUCUUCAGAGUCACUCACAGAAGGUCAAGGACAGACUGUGUCCCAGAAGUAAAAGAAUGUGCGUGGGAGCGGACUUUGUCAGUGCAUCCUGGUGCAAUUUCCCCCCAGGCGAACUAAGGGCUGUAACACAAUCAGCCCUUUAGAGGGCAGUGUUAUCCACUCGUUGUAGACACCGGUACAGAAAGGAAUGUGAACUUAAUGGAACCUGACCUUUAUAUUAUCUUCUCUAAAAACCUCCAGACCAUUGUUUUUUUUUAAUUUAUUUUAACUUUAUUUAAUUUCUUUUUAUUAUUUGUGUUUAAUUUUAUUUAACCACAACAUUAGGGGGGAAAAAUAGUAGGGAAUAGCAAGUUUCUGAACGGGGGACUACUGAGGAUCUUGCUGGAGAUGAAGUUGAGUUUGCCUUUCUAAGAUGGGGCCUGAGCUGAAAACAGCAUUGCUUUCCUUCAACAAGUCUCUCUCCUUCAGAGCGGGCUUUUUUUCCCCACAGUGUUUUUAAAUGAUCCUUUUAAGUAAACGUGGGAAGUUCUGGAUAGAGAGACCAGGAGCUGAAUUUAAGCUUAUAAAUGGAGGCGUGACUUAGUGAAUGUUGAAAUGAUAUAAGCAUAUUUAUCCUGAAGGUACUUUGCCAGCAGGUAUCACUUGAUCUGAAAAGCCUUCCCUAUUUAGUUCAGGGGAGGGGGACCCAAUUAGAGGCAUAUGAAGGAAGUACUUAGAUUUUGGAAGCCUGACGUCUGGUGAAAUUGGGUCUUAUGGACAAUAGACAAACUAGCUUUUGCUAUGGUGGUGAUGUCUUAUAUUUUCACUCUGGGAGCUAUAAGAAAUCUGUAAGCUGUCUCUAAGAAAAUACUUUCAAUUUCUUCAAUUUCCAUUCCUACAAUUGUACUGUUGAAAAAUAUGUUGAAAAGUGUUUGGGACCAUACAUACAAAAACUUGGCUUUAUUGUUUAAUAUGCUUUAAAUUUACCCAGUCAACCCCCAUGCUUCCCAAUGAUAGCAGUGUAUCUGAGGAAGUGGAAUUUUAGUGCUGGGGAGAUGAAUUGGUGUUUCUGUAUUUUUUUUUCCUAUAAACUACAAUUGAUCUGUAUCCAGAUUUAUUUUAAAGUUGGUACUUUUUUUUUAAAUGGUAUCAUUUCCUAGAUUACCUUGCACACGUGCUGGCAUUUUAGAUCGCCAGAAUGUACUUCACAUGGUUGUUUAUAUAAUGGUAAAAAGGUACAGUCACUCCCUAACUCCAUCUUUUAUUAGUGCUUAAGUGUGAAUUAAUUUCCAAUGCCUGAGCUGUUUCCUAGAAAUAAACCGGGCACUUUUGGAAGCAGCAGCAGCAGCAGUAAACAUUUCCUAUCAGUAGGGUUAUUUUGAGUGUAUCAAAAUCUCACACUGCUGAAGCUAUAAUUUCAGUGACCCAUUUUACAUCUAAAGAAGGAUGGAACAGUACUUUGCACAUUAUGGGAGCUCAGUAAAUGCAAUUGAAUAAUUUAGUGAAUUGCUUAGCUAUAUUAAUAGGAAUUCGUUAAUAAUGACAUAUCAUCCAUCUUCUUAUGUGUCUGUUAAAAAGAUGGACGCCUCUCCCCAGAUUUAAGUCAAGUUCAGUUAAAUGGAUCCUAGAGGCAAGUAUUUUAUUUACUUCUUUUGUGGGAAUGUGAACAAGGCUUUUCUUUCAGGCCUUCAUUCUAUAAACAAAGAGAUUGAAAUGUUACGUUGUAAAGGGAAGAAGAGAAAGGGGUAUUUAGAUGACAAGUGUACUUCAGAAAAAUAUCUGAGUUUGAAAAAUAAAUAUGUUUAUACUAAA